GAUGCGUACGCACACUUGGGCGGAUGACAAUACCGGCAAAUAUUAAAACAACAAUACCCAGUGAUCCGUUAGUCAAUUAUUUAUAUAAAUAUUUAGAUGUUAUAUGCAAUUUGUUUUAAAUAGUUUGUGCUAAAGAUAGUGUUACAGUUAUAUAUGUUUCUUAGUUAUUUGUGUAAUCCAGAUGUGUGAGCGUGCCUAGACGUAAAUUAGUGUCUAGCGAUAUCAAGUGAAUAUUGUGCGAAAUUUCCAAUUAACGGCCACAUACCAAAUUGAUAUAACAUUUCAGGCAAAAGUGAUACUAAAAUUAAUAGAAAUCAAAACGUUUUUGUGUCUACAAAACGAACAAAAGAUGCAUUCCUUUAGAAUCUCUUCCAUCUCCGAUACGAGUGAUACACGUGCGUUUAUUUUCAUUUAAAAAUAGACACGAACCGACAUCCGCAAUUUUUACGAUGGCAUCAGCAAAAGAAAGUAACGACGCCAUUGAUACCAAUGACAGGCAAACGGAAGACGACAGAACGACCAAACCAAGUCGAAGAGAUACAAAAGAUUUUUCAGAACUGCCACCGAGUGGCACUUCUCUGCAUAAAAGACGAAGAGGAGAGCCUCCCGCUACUUUAUCAGUCAAUGCGGUGCAGACACCCUCUGAUGCUGAGGGUUCUUCUCCAUGUACUGCAGGACCCACACCAGAAGAAGCAUGGACUCUCCAAGAUGGAGAUACGACGGAUCCUGAAGCAUUAUGCGAUAAUAUGCUUCUAAGACUAAAAGACCGAGAUGAUCCACUUUCGAAACGAGGUAAAGAGUUGGCGUUGCAUACCAAAGAUACAUUGGAGACCUUGGACCAACUCGAUAAAUUACUCGAACUUCUGGACCAAUUUGUUACUCUUAAAGAACACAAUUCACAACUUUUCAGAAGACUUCGUGAUAUCAAUCAUUUGAAACGCUUUCAUAACGCUCAUAAAAAGAUAGACCAGGAGAACGAAAGAUUAAGAGAUGAGACAAAAGAAAUGGAACUUAUAAAUGAAGCGUUAGACGCUGAGCUAGAAUGCGAGUAUGGUCAGGUAAUUUUUGACGCAGUGAUGGCCGGUGGUCGAAGCAUGAAAAGAACUGGGUCAAGGUGGAAAGGACAUUCUAGGUUUGGAGGAUCAUUGUUGAGGAAACAGAGAUCACGAUCAGCAGGUGGGGAAGAAAGUGAUGUAUCUCCGGGAACUCCUCUUAGAAGGAGAUCUGAUGGUAUUUUCUCAAAAGAAGUCGAUAAGUCUAAAGUUUCUAAUUGGACAAGAGUGAAAGCAGCUUUCAGAUGGGAGAAAGCACAGUGGCCACCAGCUACAAUAGGGGGAGCAGCAGCAGUGGCAGCAGGAGCCAUGGUGGGGGCGGUAGCUCUAGCCGGUUCUAGUCCAGGAUCCCUUCCAAAUCCCGAACCAAGGGAUUCAGCCAGCUUGACUCCAGGAAGUGCAAUAUCAUUGACACCGAAUUCUUCGUGCGAGGAAUUGAGAAUGGAGACAGUUUCAGAUGUGCGACGUAGAAGUUGUAUCCGUAACGAAGACCACGACAACAGUUUUUUACAAGCACCAAUUCAGGACGACAGUUCUACUUCCCCAUCUCCCAACAAACUGCACAAAAGCCCCUGGGUAAAGAUGCGUGAUAUAAUCCAAACUCACCGUGAGUCAGUCAAGAAGAAGACCAGGGUGCCGAAAGGGUCGCCAGAUGUGGUACCGUCUAGGAGACGAUCUUUAAGUGAUGGCGGUGAUAGUGACGCACCACCAGCCCUUACAUUAACGAUACCGUCUUCUGAAGAAUUAGAAUCUGAGGGUUCCCACCCAGUACUUCGCAAGCAGCGUUCUCUGGAGCUUGGAGCUAGGCCGCCUCAGCAUCGACCACCGAGAGACUCCAAGUGGUCAAGGGUCAAGCGUGCUUUCCUCACAUCCGCUUCUGCUUCAGUACCCUCAAGUCCCAACCGACAUUCAGCCUUCUUCACUGAUGGGGACACAGAGGGCGUGAGCAGCGGUUGUGAGGCGAGCGGAGUGCGGGAGGAAAUAGCGAGGGACUACGCCGCCUUACAGUCGCGUCUGCGCAGAGAAUUCUCUGACAGACGUGGCAAGUUAUAUGCUACGUCAAGACCUGUGGCGACAGAAGAGCAAUUAUCAGCGGACUUCAGAAAGAAGCUCACAGAAUGGCAGAGAUUGAAAGGUGUGAGGCAGCCUCCUCCUGUGCCUGCUCGUCAGGACCUGAGCGAUGACUUUCUUAAAAGAUGGGACGCAUGGAAACGAAUGAAAGAAACAAAUUCAGUACCUGCUUGGGAAGAAGAAGCAAAACCUGAUGAGGUAUUAGUACAAACGUCUACAGGACUCUUCAAAUUCCAAGGAAUAUCCCGCUCCUUCACUCGGAAGCUGCACGAGUGGGAAAAAUCUCGAGGCAUAGCCCCGGAAGCAUCAACAUCAGCGCUGUUGCGGGCCGCACGUACCAAGGUGAAGCUGCCGACGGCGCCGCUGACGCGCACGCAAUCGGAUGGCAGCGUCGCGCCAUCCACUGGGUCGGGCAGAGUACACGCAUCCAGUCUUAGCGUCAACGAUGCAGAUGACUUCGAAUCAGAGUAUGAGAGAGAACAUUAUUUGGAUGGUGGUGAUGAGUGUGAUGGAGGAAAUGCGCGCGAGGCGGUUCUUGUAGAAGUAGAAGCAGAGGAGAUCUGUACUGCGGCACCUCUUAUGGCGGUGUCUCCACGGCACACCGCUCAGAAGCCCAUUUACACAUACGGUCAGGCGGAAGCCAGACAUUUAUGCGAGACUAGUUCUGCUGUUACUGGCACUGCUGUAUUGCAGCCGAAUGGAGCUGUUAUUCUUUCAGAUUCCCGUUGCGUGAAGUCUAUAGAACAAACAAAGAUCAAAACAAAGACUUCCCGCGAACAGUUAACAUUUCUCGAAAGGAGUCCAAGAGUGAAGAUAGUCAAGCAACCAAGUAUAGAAGAGGACGCGAAAUUUAUUAGGAAAACAAUCGAAGAAAUCGAAAGAGGCUCCAGUCGAUGCAAAGAAAACGUAAAAUGUAAUGUUUAUAAACCAAACACGCUAUACGAAAGACCAAGCCCCUCAACGAGCAAAAGUUCCAGUAUAAAAAAUCUUAAGCAAUACGACUUCAAAGAAAAAAACGGUAGAGACAGUCAUGAUGAAAAUAAAGAUGAUUAUAAACGAAAAGAGGUAGAUAAAAGUAACGGUAAAAAGAAAACAAAAUCCCGCGCCAGACUCGAAAGAGAACAGUCAAAGCCAUCUGAGAGUGACACGGAACCUGAGGUAGAUACUGUUACCGUGGAAAUACCACGCAGACGUAAACGACCACGCAAGCCAUCUGAAAGACCUAGGACUCCACCACUUCAUUCUGACUCCGAUGGCGAGGUUUUCGUUUUGAAGCUGAAGGCACCAGAAAAUCGAGACGUCUCGCCAGAAGUAAUUGUGAAAACAACAAGAAAAAUAUUUUCGCCAGUUGUCCGAAGCGGCGAGUCCAUUCCCAGAGCUGUUAUUUCGGUAGACGUCGAGGAUUUAGAUGAAGUUAGACCUGCACCUCCAACUAGUAAAAAAUCUGAAGCCAGGUUACAAAUAGAACUAAACACAGGUAAACAAGAAAUCAAGAAGUCGAAAGAUUCUAGUGAUCCAUUAGAAGAAGAACAUAAAUCUAAAAGUAGACCGCCUCUUCCAUUAUCUCCAUCUUCUCAAAGAAAGCCUAUACCAAAAGAAACAGCGCCGUCUAUUCGUAUCAUGAUCCAAAGAUAUAAUAAGAAAAUAAACGAAGAAGGUCCACCAUCAGGGGCUAGUAGUGGUGCCUCUUCUCCAGCUUGGCGGUCACCCAAGUCUGAGAGGCGACGACCUCCUGAUAUGCCCGUUGGCGUUAACAUCAGAAAAAACCCGUUCCUCGAGAGAGAAGUGCAAAAGUCGGCGAGCGCCUGCCAGUUAUCACGACGAGACCAGACAUCAGCUGAAAAAAUUCUUGUACCUACAGAACAAACUCAAGACGGAGUAUUAAAAUCCCAUAGUGCGAACGCACUACAUCCGGAUAAGUCUAGAAGUUUUACAUCGCCGCCCAAAAUUGAUGACUGUCAAGAAACAGAAAAUCCUACCGCGAGUACGGAUACUAUCAUUCCAAACAGAGACAAAAUAAACAGAGAGAUUAUUAGUAGCGAGAAAACAGACCCCCAGCUACCAGUAUUAAGACAACAAUCAGAAUCUGUGAUUCCUACUCUGUCCAGGUUUAUCGCUAACAAUCCUUGUUAUUUCGAGAGAUCAUUAUCAACUGUCGAAUCUCUAGCUCCGCCGAGAGAGGUUGAAGCAAUGGCCACUAAACUUUCCGAAAGAGCGGCGCGGAUUAGGGCGGCGAGAGAUAAAUUCUUAUCUUCAACACCUAUGAGACGCGAGGGCACUAGCUCUGCUAGUGACUUGAGACCAGUUGAUAGAUCAAGUCGAAUUAGUUGCGAUAGCGAUGCAGGGGAUAGCCAAGGUCAUGCGCAAGAGGCAGCGCUCGGGCGCAGCGCGUCUACUGGCAUGGUCAACGUGGACAGAGAAGCUUGGCAGAGAGUCACAGAAGGUCCCCGUCGAGAGCGUCCCCGGUCACGAUUCAGCCUCGCGCGUCUGGCAGCCAAGUUGCGACGUAAAGACGAAAGUGCCGUCUCCCGCCUCUGCAGACAGAGCCUUCUCGUGCAAUUACGGAAACAAUGAAUAAAUACUGUGUAAACA